GUCAGGAGUAUGAAAAGGGCCAGAGAUAUACGGGACCAACUGGAAGGGCUUCUCGAGAGAGUUGAAAUAGAACUCACCGCCAAUCUGAACGACUAUGAUUCAAUAAAGAAGUCUAUAGUAGCUGGGUUCUUCCCACACUCGGCCAAAUUACAGAAGAAUGGGUCAUAUAGAACAGUGAAACAUCCACAAACCGUAUACAUACAUCCUACUUCAGGACUAUCUCAGGUAUUACCAAGAUGGGUGGUAUAUCAUGAACUUGUCCUGACCACCAAGGAAUAUAUGCGCCAGGUGACAGAGUUGAAGCCGGAGUGGUUGGUGGAAAUAGCUCCUCACUUCUACCAACUCAAGGAUGUC